AAGGAAAGCUGAUAGAGAGUGCUGGCACUCUGCAGCGUGCUGCCACCUUAUUAGAUGCUGAGGAGCGCUGAUUUGAAAUAAAUAUCUGCACGCAUACAUAUACCUACACACACGCACGCUACUCUGUUCCACAAGACCAGAGGAACCUGGGUUCUAUUAAUCAAAAUGUAAUCAUGGAUUUCAAUCGUGUCAAUUGAUACAGAAAAAAAAAAGCUGAUCGUUCACGUCUACCCAGAGAAUUCAAAAGUGUAGGAGAUAUAUUCACAUUACAAUGGAGAAUGUGACUCCUAGUGCUAUCACUAACUUCACCAAUACUCAACCUCUGAGCAAUAUGCCAGAGAACUCUCUGGAAGUCCAGGUUAUCACCAUAUUACUGUCUCUGCUCAUCUGUGGGGUGGGAAUAGCCGGCAACAUCAUGGUCGUCCUGGUGGUUCUCCGAACCAAACACAUGAUGACUCCGACUAACUGUUAUCUGGUCAGCUUGGCCAUUGCAGAUCUCAUCGUUCUCUUAGCAGCUGGACUGCCCAACAUCUCUGAAGUGGUUUCUUCUUGGAUCUAUGGCUACGCCGGCUGCUUGUGUAUCACUUACCUGCAGUAUCUGGGCAUCAAUGUUUCCUCUUGCUCCAUCACAGCUUUCACUGUUGAGCGCUACAUCGCCAUAUGCCACUCCAUCAAGGCACAGUUCAUAUGUACUGUAUCCAGAGCCAAAAAGAUCAUCGCUUGUGUUUGGAUUUUCACCUCGCUCUAUUGCAUCAUGUGGUUUUUCCUCGUCGAUAUACACGAGAUGGUUUAUGCCAAUGGUGUCGUCGUGAGGUGUGGUUAUCGGGUGUCAAGGAACCUCUACAUGCCGAUUUACUUUUUGGACUUCACACUGUUUUAUGUCAUUCCGCUGGUCGUGGCUACGGUGCUUUACGGGUUGAUUGCUAGAAUAUUGUUCAUGAACCCUUUGCCAGCGAAUUUGUCUGAAAGAGGAAACGACUCAAUCCAUCAGGGACGGACAAACAGCACAGUGAAGGUCUCCUGCAAGCCAAAUAAGAGUGCAGUUUCCUCCAGGAAACAGGUAACUAAGAUGCUGGCAGUGGUGGUUGUAUUGUUCGCUCUGCUCUGGAUGCCCUAUCGCACUCUGGUGGUGGUGAAUUCGCUCAUGGAUCCUCCGUACCUCAACACUUGGUUUCUGCUCUUCUGCCGCAUGAGCAUCUACACCAACAGUGCCAUCAACCCCAUCAUAUACAACGCCAUGUCGCAAAAAUUCCGCACGGCUUUCAAGAAGCUCUGCCACUGCAAGGGAGCCACCAGUAAGGAGAAGGCUUCAAAACACAAUGCCCCAGUCUACUACAGUGUCAUCAAAGACUCCUCAAGUCCUGAAUACGAGACAGAGCAGGAGGACGUUAGCACUUACUGUAUCUCGGCCAAGAGGGUGAACUUUUCAUCCCAGACUGGAAGAGAAACCACUCCAGGGAUGUUUAGUAUUGCUUGAGUAAAGCUGAGAAAAAGACACUUAGUUUUUUUCUGCACAUUAGCAGCUGAGGUUGUUAACGCAUUCUUUAUGGAGAUUUAAUUAAAUGUUUGAUAUUUCAGUGUCUCAGUGGUCCAAAUAUUUCUUUUAAAGCAAGAACAAAAUGUUAAUGGUCACAAUCAAAAAUAGUUGUAUACAAGCCUCUUGAAGGUGCCAGUAAAUUUGGAAGUUGACAAGUGUUUUGAGGUUAUAUACUGUUGAGUGAGACGUUAAAAUUUCUGCCAAGCUCUUUUGCUGGCUAACUGCCGGCCUGACUUAACUGAGAAGCAUGCUUAACACGUGCAUGCACUGGAGUCACUCAAGGCAGCCAUAUAGUAUUUAUAUAUUUCUGAAAGCUGUCUUGCUUUUUUUCUUCAAAGUUCAUCUGCUUAUUCCACUGUUCGCUUGGCCAAAUGCUUUUCAUUUAAAAAGAAGAAAGCCAUGAAGAAAAAUGACUAUGUUACAUAAAUAAACCUACCAGAAAAAGAUUUACUGGCAUAACAAACAGCCAGAAGGUAAGGCUAGCAAAAUGGAUUUGGCUAAUUUUAACUCACAUAAACAUGUGUGGAAAAAAUGAAACAUUUAGUAGCCUAUAUUAAUCCUUCCAGGAUUUUGUGGUGUUUUUUGUUUGUGAUUGUUUUGGCCAAAAUGUUUGCAGCUUUUUACAAAAUUUGCAAUGAAACGUGGAGAUUUUUGUGCUUUUGUUUGCAGAAAACUACCUGAAUUCUCUUUUAAACUACUAACAGUGAAGACACAGAUAUUAUUACUUUCGAUGUUAUCUGGAAUCAUGUUAGAUAUGCAUGAAUCGAAGAGACUGAAGCUUUGGCUGAAUGCUUAUUGUGAUGAUAUCACAUGAGCCAUCUUGGCUCAAAUCUGCAGGAAAUCUGUGGUAAUUUUGAAAAACCCCCGAAAUUCUGGAGAAACGGCUAUAUACAUAUGCAUAUGCAUAGCAACAUUAUACAUCUUAUUCAGACAAAAAGAAGAAAAAGAAAAAAAACAACACUUCUUCGGUUUAUAGUCUGCUCUUUAAUAUUUUAUCAUGUUUAUUAUCUGGUCUAUGAUUUGUUACCUGCAGAGAGGAUAUUCAGUAACAGUAAGGUGUAUUUGUGAAAUAAAUGCUGGGUAUUAUAGUGACAGAACAUUGCUGAACAUAAACAAAAUAAACUUAUGAAAUCUAUAAAAUGCUAAAGAUUUCAAUGUGAUUUCUAUGUAAAAAAAGAUGCUGUACUGUACAGUCAGAUGCUUUUGUAAGCUAUGCUGAUCUGUGCUGUUAGUUCCUGCGUGACAGAGAGAACAAAUCAGCGUGGGAUCGUCUUAAGCGGGUUCUCUCAAAGUGGUGGAAAAAGAUUGCACAGCUUGAAAGGUUUUUGAUCUUAAGCAAAAAAUAUAAAACUUCAGAUCCUGUGAAGGGAAAAAGUCUGAAGGGAAAGCUAAGUGAUAAAGUUAUGUUCAGGUAUCAGUAACCAUGAUGAAGCAUUUAUAAUGGUAGGCCUGACAACAGUAGAAAAUAUUUGAUUAAUUGUACUUUCUUUUUAUAUUUUUAUUUUUAUUUUUUUGUUUUGUUUUUUCUAUUGGAAGAUUUUUUAUCUUAAUCAUGUAGUAUAAACUGAAUACUUGUAGUCUUACUCAAUUUCAUUUCACAGUAAAAGACAGCAUAUACUCCUUAUAUUUUAAUUUUGACCUUCAAAAUACAAAUCUCUUUUUUUUUAAUUGUUUUAGUAAGAUCUUUUAUUUUAUCUCUUUUUCGAGUUACUGAUUCAUACAGGAUGAGAUGUUGGCCACUAUUUGCUUUCUAUGUAAAAACAUCAGCAUUUAAAAUGCACUGUUAAAGUUAGCUUUCACAUUGAUUUGUAAUUUAGUUAAAUUAGGUAGCUAAUUAAGUUUUGUACAUUAACCAGCUAGUUAAGAUUUGUAAAUACGUUUCUUAAAUUUGCUAGUUGGUUUGUUUUGUUGAUAAUAUGCCUCAGAUCUUUAAACAUUAGCCAACCAGCAAGCCAAAUACUAUAAAGAAUAACAAAUUUUCCAAAACACCAAUUGCUUAGCAAACUAGCAAGUCAUACAAAGUUGGAAAUGAUGUACUUUUUUUUUAUUAUUAUUAUUUUGUUUAAUUUUGUUCUUGUAUACAUGAGUGGAGUGUAGAUACUUUAUAACUUUCACUCAAGUUGAAUUUUCACCCCAUAAUUCUGUUUGUAGUAAGAUUUUGAAACAAUACCCGUGCUAUUAUUUAAUCACAGUUUCUGUGGGCUUUUCUCACCCCUGCUGUCUGACCUCCAAUCAAAUCAAUGUCCAGUCAGUGUUUACAGGACAGCAGUUUAAUGAUUGAAUUCCUUGUUUCUGUGAAACUUUGUGUGAAUUAAAUGAUUAUCUCUGAACAAAAAAAAACUUUUUAAAAACAGAUCAGUCUCUCGAAAGCAGCACCCGUGUUGCUGUUCCAUGAUAACAAAUCUCAGAUAACAGUUCUCCAGAUAUUUCCUGGCAUCGUCGUUCUCUUUCUUGACAAUUUCAUCAGAAUUUAAACAGUGAACUUCAGCAGUACAACAACUUAUUUACUGACUUUAUUUAUUUAUUUAUUUAACAGUAUGUGACAGACGUUUUUUUAUUUUUUUUAUUUAGUUAUUUCUUUAUUUUUAAAUGAUGUUUUGGGGUUGUGUAUAAGCAGCCUUCUAAUUCACAGUUGUAACCAUAUUAAAGUAGGUUCUAUAGAAAUCGCGCAAUUUUCAAUAUUUCAGGAAAGAGUAACUACUUUCCCAUCAUUUGGUAUUGUUUAGAUUCUCAUCAUUUGUUGAACAUAUGUGAAACGGGUGUAAAUAAUGUAUAAUGUAUUAUUUAAAAUGAAAAUAUGCCUUUAUUUAUGAGUAUGUAUUUUUUUUAUUUUUGGUUAUUAUGAAUUGUUUUAGCUAACAAAACUGUCUGUAAAAUGUCAGUCUAUAGUAUCAGUGCCAGUCAGAGAACUAUGUGAUUUUCCAUGCCAAAAUCACGAUCAUACCAACAAAGAAGACAAAGUCCAUAAUAAUAUUUAUCCAUUGGCACAUUUACUUUGUGGUUGAAUUUAAAGUCUUAGACUACUGGAUGAUCUGAUGCAACAUUUUCAUCUAAAAACAAAUCCUCAUCAAAUUUCACAAACGCAACACGGCAUUCAGAAUGUACUUACCGAACUAAAGAGAACAGCAGAGAUAUUAGAGAAGACAUGCAAAAUCUUAUUUGUGAAUUAGUUAUAAUAUAAUAAAUAAAUAAAUUACUUUUGGACCAUCACUUUUGUACAAUCGGCACUUUGGACACUUGGUGAAUCUGUUGAAUAUGAAUUUAAUAUGCUGUUUUCUUUAAUCAUGUCUAAGUGUGUUCAUGUGAAAUGAAAUCUCCCAGUCUGCACUGUACAUUAUAAAAAAAAUGACUAUGUGGCUAGUUAUGUUGCAUGAAUAUUAUUUUGUGUUGUGCGACAUGUAUUUUUAUAUGCGUCACAAAAUAUCAAAUGGUAACCAAAUAACCAUGCUUAGUGGUCGUUAGUGAACGCUUCAUUCUUGAGCAUUUUUCUGGUUUGCUUUUACUAUUACUUUGAACUGAAUUUUCAAUCGCAAUGAAUAAUAAUAAAUGUUAUAAGAAAUGGUGGCUUGUUGUUUAGCAUGUUUGCCUCACACCUCUAUGAUUGGGAGUUAGCAUGGUCUCCAUGAUUUAAAAGGUUCUUUUCAGGUACUCUGGCUUUCUCUCCCAGUCCAAAAACAUACCCUAAGUCCCCUGGGAUAGGCUCCCGGUUCCUUGAAACCCUGUCGGUACAGAAAAUGGAUGGGAUGGAUGGAUAUCCUAUGAUUGCAUGGAUUUUAGGACACACAUAUUAGUGAUAUGACAAUCUAUAUGUUGCUUGUAGCAAGUAAAUUGAUUGUUUAUCCCUGGAAUAGACUAAAAUGUCUAAAAGGCCAAAUGCAUCCUAUAAGCCAGCUCACCAGCCAAUUCUACACAAACACAGAAUCUAUUUGCAUUUGAAAGAAAGAAUAAACAAUCUAUGAAACAUUUUUGUCCAAGGUAAAGUAAGACAGAGCUUAAAGAAGCAGCAAUGCAAUGGGAAUAAAGAUGGAUAAACAUGUUCAUUACUCGCUUUGUCCUAAUGUUGGAUUGGACAUGGAUUUUAGUUAGGUUGUCUAUGUUACAGCCUGAAAUCCUACAUGGAUUAUGAAUUGUCAUGUUUGAGACUUGUUUCUUUCAUUGAUGCCUUUUCAUAUGAUGGGAAGUGUAUAUUGAAUAAAACUUUUUGACAGUUUUUGUUUGGAUAGAUUUGACCAGUGGGCAACAGAUCAGAUUUUCCGGAAAAAAACUAUGUACUGUAUUUCAUCCCGCCUGCUUUCUUAUG